CGGGAAACACGUAGAGAGCGGCGGUAUCAUUAAGAAAGGGUAUAUAAAAGAAAAGAACAGAAGCGCCUCUUUACACACAGUCAUGAAGGCUCUAGUCGUGUUAGCGUGUGUGGUGUUGGCAGCCCUCGCCACCCCUACCAAACCAAGCCUCAAAGAGGCCAAGGUGGUGAGGGUGGUGCCGCAUACAGAGGAACAGCUCCACCACCUGCACCAGCUGCUCCUGCAAGGCCGCUAUGACUUCUGGCAGGAGCCACGCGGCCUGAACACGCCCGUGGACAUCAUGGCCGCCCUCCGCGACCUGCCGGGACUGGCGGCCACGCUGAGCGGCCGCGGUCUGAAGCCAACAGUGAUGAUCCAUGACGUGGGCCGCCUCGUUGAGCAGCAGACCGUUGAGCGACUCCAGCACCACACCCGCGCCAUGGACUGGCAUAAUUACCACGACUAUAACACGAUCAACGCGUGGAUGGCCCAGCUGGCCUCUGACCACCCGGACCUGUGCCAGCUGGAGAAGGUGGGCACGUCUUACGAGGGCCGCACCAUGAACCUGCUGACGGUGGGCAGCGGUGGCGCCGACAAGCCAGGCAUCUUCAUUGAUGGAGGGAUCCACGCCCGUGAGUGGAUCUCGCCCGCCACCGUCACCUACAUGGUGAACGAACUCGUCACCAACAGGGACACCUACAGUGACCUGCUGUCCAGCGUCAACUUCUACGUCAUGCCCUCCAUCAACCCUGACGGCUACCAAUACACCUUCACCGAUGACCGCAUGUGGCGCAAGACUCGCUCGGACACCAACUCUCCCUUUGGCUGCAAGGGAGCUGACCCCAACAGGAACUGGGACUUCCACUGGAACGAGGUCGGCGCCUCCAGCAGCCCCUGUUCAGAUAUCUACGCUGGGUCCGCACCCUUCUCUGAGGUGGAGAUGAGGGUGGUUCGUGACGAGAUCAUCAGGCUGGGCAGCAAGAUCAAGGUUUACCUCACCUUCCACUCGUUCUCCCAGCUGUGGAUGUACCCCUGGGGCUACACCUCAGCCCUCCCUGACGACUGGCAGGAUCUGGAUAACCUCGCCCAGGAUGCAGUCAGCGCCCUCACUGCUGUUCAUGGCACCAGAUACGAAAUUGGCUCCUCCACCAACACCAUCUACGCGGCGGCUGGCGGCUCGGAUGACUGGGCUAAGGGUGUGGGCGGAGUCAAAUACGCCUACACAGUGGAGCUUCGGGACCAGGGAUCAUAUGGUUUCCUGCUGCCCGCGAGCCAGAUUAUCCCCAGCGGUGAGGAGACCUUCGAGGCACUCAAGGUGGUUGCCAACUUCGUCAAGAACACCUACAGCAAGUAAUGAACCCAACCCUGCGACAGUCAGACCAAUAGAACUUUUUGCCUCAUCACCAAGACGAGACGAAAAAUGACGAUUAAUUUUGAGGGAUGGGUGGUGAUAAAGAAAUAGAUCAAUGAAAAAGAUGAGGAAAUAGCCAACAAAUAGACCUAAAUCUAAUCAAAUUCACGCGAGAAGAACUGUUUGCCUAGUCAUGGAAAGGAGGACGAAGAGUGACAAGAAAUAGGAAAACACGAUCGAGUAAGAAAGAUAAAUUAUAGACAAGGAAAAUAUUGGAACCAGUGUACACAACCUUCAAGUGAUGCAAUGCAACAAGUAACUUCAUUGGAAUUCAGAAGGGAUAAACUAUUUUGCUUACCACUGAAGAGAAAAAAAAAAAAAAAAAAAACGAAAAGCAAAAUAUGGAAGAAGAAGAAAAAGAAGAGCAAUCAGUCCAGAUCAGGAAAGAGAGGCAACUGAACUCCCUUUCCCCGCAGCAGUGCAGGUGUGGGGAAGGAAACACCAUGAAUCAGCCACACCAUUAUGACACCUACUGCAAUAAAGUGAAGAAAUAGU